UGUUAGUUGCCUGUGAGACGUUGGCGAAAAUGACGAGACGAAAAUCAAAUCUGAAAUUGGCCAAAUUGGAGAAGAUUAAAGCGCAGGAGAGCCAUGGAUGAUGAUGCAGCAUUCACUCUUGCUUCAUCUCCGUCCUCAUCGUCAAUCUUUGUGAAUUACCCUCUCAUAUCGGCCUUCGUCGCUUUCGUCGUCGCUCAGUCAAUUAAGUUCUUCUCCGUUUGGUUUAAGGAGAGAAGAUGUGAUUUCAGGCAACUUAUCGAUUCUGGUGGAAUGCCAUCUUCUCAUGCGGCGACUGUAACUGCUCUUGCUGCAGCUGUUGGAUUGCGGGAAGGCGUGGGAGGAUCUCUAUUUGCCAUUGCGUUAGUCUUGGCCUGUAUUGUGAUGUAUGAUGCCUCUGGCGUGAGAUUACAAGCAGGACACCAAGCCGAGGUUUUGAACCAAAUUAUAUAUGAACUUCCUGCCGAGCAUCCUUUGGCGGAAAGAAUACCACUUCGCGAACUUCUUGGUCAUACUCCCUUUCAGGUCCUUGUGGGUGGGAUACUUGGAGGCGUCAUAGCAGCUAUUGGAUAUCUAAUAAUCAUAACUUGGUAGUCAAACUUGAGAAUGCCGGCGUCCAUAAUCGUGCAGUUUUUGUUCAUCUCACAUCCAGCAGUGCAGUGCCUCAUGUCUUGCUUUUCUUCAGGGUCAAGUCUAUAUUUUCUUGCACUCGACCUAGUCUUGCAGUUACAGGAGUUUAUUACAGUCUUCAGUGAAAGGGAAGCUUCUGCCUUUCGGAAUGAUUUAGUUAACAAGAUGCUGGCCCGAGCACGUUAUGUUUCCAUCAUAUUACAAUUUAUAAUCUUUUCCUAUUAAAUACAUGAAAUCAAGUCACUUUUCCUUUCAGCUGCCCCACUUAUAUGUAACAAUUUAAAUAUAUAGGCUGCCUCCAUAUUUAACCUUAUAAUGUUCCGAUUAGUGAGAUUGAAUAAAAUACACAGACACAAACAUUCACUAGCAUUUUA